AUGAACAAGGAAACUUCAUCUUCUUCAAUUGCUGCUGGAUGUCUGGAUUAUUGUGGAAUGGAGACAAUGUUACAUAUAACAUGCGCACAGUACACUAAGGAGCAAACACUGAGACAUUUGGAGCAGAGUAAAGCAGUUGGUUUGAAAAAUAUACUUGCACUUCGAGGCGAUCUCCCGCAGAGUUCAGGUUUAAAAGUUGUCCCCAAAUUUCGUGCACUAGACAUGAUAAGAUGGAUAAAGGAAGAAUUCGGUGAAUACUUUACUAUCGGUUGUUCUGGUUACCCAACUGGUCAUCCUGAAGCUCCUUCGUAUAAAGCCGAUUUGCAGUAUUUGAAAGCGAAAGUCGAUGCUGGAGCGCAGAUUAUUAUAACCCAACUUUUUUUUGAGGCGGAAGAGUUUGAAAAGUUUGUUAGGGAUUGCAGAGAGAUUGGUAUAAACGUACCAAUUAUUCCAGGCAUUAUGCCUAUUCAGAGUUAUGAAAGCAUUCGACGAAUAACCACUUUGUCUAAAUUAACUAUACCAGAUUGGAUUCUUAAGGAACUUGAACCAAUUAAGCAGGAUGAUGAUGCUGUUCGUAGAUAUGGUAUUCAUUGUGCAGUUGAACUUUGUAGAAGAUUAUUAGCCAACGGUUCCGCACCUGCUAUUCAUUUAUACACCUUGAAUAGAGAAGCAUCAUGUCGAGAAAUACUGCAGACAUUGGGUUUAUGGGUUAAAAUGCCGCAGAGAGCACUGCCAUGGAAAUCUUUUGGAGGUAAUCAUCCGCUACGUUGCAAAGAAGAUGUCCGCCCUAUCUUUUGGUCUACACGUCCGAAAGCAUACGUUUUUCGUACCCGGGACUGGGAUGACUUCCCGAAUGGACGGUGGGGAAACAGCAGUUCUCCUGCAUUUAACGAUUUAGCGGAUUAUUAUCUUUUUCAUUUAAAAGGGUUGCCGACGAAAGAAGAGCAGCUGAGUAUGUAUGGAUAUAACCUAGAUAGUUUAGAAAGUGUGCAGAAAGUUUUUGUGAACUUCAUAACACAAAAUCCAAAUGAAAACGGCGUGAAGGUUACCCGUCUGCCUUGGAACGAACAGGAAAUCGGUACCGACCCAGAAACUUCGCUAAUUAAGGACCAACUGGUUUGGUGUAAUGAACAUGGCAUCUUAACGAUAAACAGUCAACCCCCUGUAAAUGGGACACCGAGCGCCGAUCCUUUAGUUGGUUGGGGAAGGCCUGGCGGAUACUGUUAUCAGAGGGCUUAUUUAGAGUUUUUCACAUCGAAAGAAAAUGCCAUAGCACUUUCACAAGUUCUUGGUCUGCAAACCCGUCUAAGCUGUCAGAUCAUAAAUCACGAUGCAUCAUUUGAUUGGACAAACGCGGAGUCGACGACACCGAUAGCCGUAACCUGGGGGGUAUUCCCUGGUAUGGAAAUUGCUCAGCCAACGGUUGUUGACCCACUUUCGUUUCGAGCUUGGAAAGAUGAGGCGUUUGCUGCCUGGUUGAACUGGGCUCAAGCAUAUCCAGAAGGGUCCAGAAGCAGAGAAGUUUUGGAGGAAAUUCAUGAUGGCUUUUGUUUAGUUACACUAGUCGAUAAUGACUAUCCAAAAACGACUGUUAUAUUUGAUGUUCUAAAGGAAUUGAUAUCUGAAAGCGAUGAAAACUAA